AUGGGUCUCAUUCAUUACACUGGAUUAGAUACCGGAAUUGUAUUAUACUUUGGAAUCACUAUGAUGGCAUUCGUGGGCGUUUCGAUAGUUUCCAUAUUUGAAAAUCGUUAUUUUAUACUUUGUGGUCAGAAUACAUGGUGGAGGCGUGUAAGAUAUCCAUUCUUGAUAGUGAACUAUUUACUGGCAAGUGUCCAUUACAUUCCAACUUUGAUUGAAAUUCCGGACCAAAUAGCUGGGAGAGAAGGAAUGUUUACGAUGUACCCGAAAGCUAGAGUGUUCGAUAAUCCAGAGAAUCCAAUUUACGUUAUCAGUUACGAGAAAAAUGAUUGGUAUGCAAUAAGAGAAGCAUCAAUCAUACUCAUGUUCACUGCUGAGGUUACUGGUUUUGUCAUACCUGUACAAAUAUAUAUGAGGAGAGCAGUGAAGAAAUUCAACUUAUCUGAACAUUCCAUAAGUAUUCAGAAGACAUUUUUGAGAGCUCUUCAUCUUCAGAUAGCCAUUCCAGCUCUCAUUAUGUUGCUUCCUCACGUGGCAACUGCUAUUUUAGGAAUAUUUGUGAUGGUAGCGGUCUCAAUCAUUACUAUAUUUGAAAACCGAUACUUUCUGAUCUUCGCGGAACACACCUGGUGGCGUCAUGCUCGUUACCCAUUCCUCGCGAUUAACUACAUUCUCGGACUACUCUAUUAUCUUCCAACUGUUCUGAGCGUUCCUGAGCAAUCAUCAGCUAGAGAAAUAAUAUUCAAGGAGUUUCCUGAAUUCCGAGCGUUGGAUACUCCAAGUAAUCCGGUGUAUGUUCUCGUUCUGAAUAAUCCUUGGGUUUCUGUGAGACAAAUUGCGAUGGAGGCUACUGUAGUUAUAGAAACACUGAUUAUUGUGCUCCUGUUGAAAAUGAAAAUGAAGAAUGUGGUGAAGGAAAUGAAGAUGUCGGAGAGCACCGCAAAACUGCAAAAGGCUUUCUUGAAAGCCUUGUAUAUUCAGGUCUCCCUCCCUCUUCUUGUCAUCCUCAUCCCAUCUGCCAUUUCCGUAUUCUCUGGUAUCCUUGGAAUCUCCACUCAAAGUGUCAAUAAUUUAGUUUAUAUCACUUUUUCCUGUCAUGGACUUGUUUCUACCAUUGUUAUGUUGACUAUUCAAAUGCCUUAUCGAGAAUUUUGCAUGGGAAUGGUUGGGAAAUCGGAUAGAAGACAACGAAAAGUCACUGUAUCCAAUAUAAGUGCAAGAUCGAGUACUCAAGUUACCACUUUUUGA